GUUGUUUGUAUUCAGUCCCGGACGAGAAUCUGCAUCGAAAGCUCCUCACUCGCUACGGAUGUUAUCACCGCGAUAUUGGAAAAAUUUUAAAUUGUGUUUUUGUGAGCUAAAAUAAUAAAGAAAAAAAAAAAUAUCCUGCUAGCAAGGAGCCAUAAUACAGUGUACCUAAAAGUGAAAAAAAAUAGUGAAAACAUCCUAAAAGUAUACAACUGAUUAUAUAAAUUUAAUAGAAAAAUACGGUUUCUUCAUUCGUUUUGUUUUCCUUAUUCAACAAAAAUUAUGUUAUAAUGAAAAAUUAGUGGAAAAAAAAGUCUUGAGUAUAAAUUUUGUGUAAGGAUACGUAGAUUGAAGAAAAAAAACCUGCUUCUCUAUUUGAUUGAUGCAAAAUGAAUUAUGUGAAGUGGGCGUGCUAAUAUUUGUGUAUCAGCGAGUUUGUGUCUAUGUGGAUUAAAAAAAAAAAUCUUACACAUUUUUCUAAAUAAAAAUAAUUCGAAAAAAUGUAAAAUGUCUAUGUAAAAGUUAUUAGAUAUUCGAUAUCUAAAAUAUCCUUCCCUGUGAAGGAUAUACAGAUCCUUAAAGUCGUUUUUCUUUUAAUUUUGUGUAAACCUAUCGUUCUUAACGUGGUAUAAUUUAUUUUUGCAAGCAAAAAAGAAUAAAGAAAAUUUAUAACAAAACCCUGAAAUAGUUAAGGAUAGCGAAAAAAAAGGACUCUCCCAAGGAAUAGAACAUAGACACACGAGCAAUAGAAUCGACAAGAAAAAAAAAAAAAAAAAAACAGAAGAGAAAAAGGAUAUCACCACCAAUACAUACCAUUAUCAUUGCUAUUAUAGUCGCGCGGAGACGACAACGACAAAGCAACGAACAAGAAUUUCCAGUCGUGUCGUCCUCUCCAUGGAAUAUGCUGAAUGGUUGCUCGCAAUAUAGUUACACAAAUUUGUUCAAUUAGUUGAAAUGCGUUUGAUUUCGAUUUGGGUGUUGAAUAAUGAACAGUUAAAAGGUGACAAGGCAAAGGACGAUCAGAGAAAUAAUCAUCAGCAGCAGCAUAAGCAGCGGCGUAAUAUGCAAUCAGGAUUUCCGUCUUCAUUACGAUGCUGUAUAAUUAUUUGAGAAAAUGGAACAUUCGGAAGCGAAGGCAUCAUUUGGAUACAUGAUAAGCACCGUUAUACACAGCAUCAUUGCAGUCAUUCAUAAAGUGUCAUCAUUUGGCUUAGACCACUCAUCGAAGAAGCUUAAAGACAUUUCAUUAUCAUCACUGUCAUCGUCUUUAAAAAGCGCAUUGGACGGCUGCGGCUACUGUCAAAAUGGUCGCUUACAAUGGCUUUGGCUUUGGAGGGCAGGCCCCUCCAUCGAUUCUAGCCCCAUUAUCGCCGACCCUCAUGAAAACCACCAGCACCACCACAACAACAACGACGACAACAACAACAACAGCAGCCACCACACAAGCAGCUCUCGUCCUGCUCGAAAACAUCACAGCACUGGUAUUCGAAGACAGUCAAGCCAAUCAUACAAACGCUACGUACGUCGAAGAGCGUGGCCUUCGCUACACAAUUCCGCAGAUGGUCCUGUUGGCAAUCAUCGCCACUGUUUUGAGUAUUUUGACAGUGGCGGGCAAUUUCAUGGUCAUGAUAUCAUUCAAAAUCGAUAAGCAGCUUCAGACCAUUAGUAACUAUUUCCUAUUCUCACUAGCCAUUGCGGAUUUUGCGAUUGGUCUCAUCUCGAUGCCGUUGUUUGCUUUGUCGACCAUACUUGGAUAUUGGCCAUUGGGGCCGCACAUAUGCGACACUUGGCUGGCCCUAGAUUAUUUGGCCUCCAAUGCAUCUGUGUUGAACUUGUUAAUUAUAAGUUUUGAUAGAUAUUUUAGUGUAACAAGACCAUUAACAUAUCGCGCAAAGCGUACGACUAGUCGGGCGGCUGUAAUGAUUAGCGCCGCAUGGGGUAUCAGUUUGUUGCUGUGGCCACCAUGGAUUUAUAGUUGGCCCUAUAUUGAGGGUAAACGAACGGUGCCGGAGAAUGAGUGUUAUAUUCAGUUUAUUGAGACAAAUCAGUAUAUUACAUUCGGGACAGCAUUGGCAGCUUUUUAUUUUCCAGUGACGAUAAUGUGCUUUUUGUACUAUCGGAUAUGGCGAGAAACUAAGAAACGACAAAAGGAUUUGCCUAAUUUGCAGGCGGGGAAGAAGGAUUCGUCAAAACGUUCGAAUUCCAGCGAUGAAAAUACUGCGGUUAACCACCAUGGCAUGAUGUCCAUUUCGCAUGUUGGAGGGAAUGACCAUGAUAAUUGGCGACGUCCUCGGUCUGAGUCAUCGGCCGAUGCCGAGAGUGUUUACAUGACAAACGCUGUUCUCACAGAUGCCAGCUAUCAUGGAAUCCAUUCGCGGAGAUCGAGUAUAAAAAGUGGCAGCAAUAUAAGGAAAUCGAAUAAAUGUUUUGGCGGAAUCAAAGAAUGGUGUAUUGCGUGGUGGCAUUCUGGCCGUGAGGAUUCUGAUGAUUUUGUUUAUGAACAUGAGGAUCCCUCUGAUUUAGGGUAUGCAACACCUGUAACCAUAGAAACUCCUUUACAAAGCUCCGUAUCCAGAUGCACAUCGAUGAAUGUGAUUCGUGAUCCAUACGCAACAGUGCGACCACCUAGUAUGAUAUUACCCGAUGUUUCACCAACACCAUUACGACCACCGCUUACGCCUCUAUCACAACUUCAAGAAAUUUCGGGACCACGCGAUUCGCGCUCAUUACCAAAUAAUAGCAAUCGUCUUGGCUCUCGAUCGGUUAGCCAAGACUCCGUCUACACUAUAUUAAUACGUUUGCCGUCAGAUGGCGCCAAAACGGGCGACGAACAUGCCCCAUCAAUAAAAAUGAUACAAGAUGAUGUUCCUUUACCCGCUAUUUCAACAGCAACAGCAGCAGCAACAGCUGUACCACCGAGACGACAAUUGCCGUCACGUGACUCCGAAUAUAGUCUGCCAGUUGUACGAAGGCUUUCGCAUGCCCCGCACGAUAUUCGAAUACCGCUAAAUGCGAAAAUCAUACCCAAGCAGCUGGGCAAAACUGUUCAACCCCUCACCGCCCGGCAGGCAAAAAAGAAGAAAAAAUCACAAGAGAAACGACAGGAGUCGAAAGCAGCAAAAACACUAUCCGCCAUUUUGCUUAGUUUCAUCAUAACCUGGACCCCGUACAAUAUCCUGGUGCUGAUCAAACCCCUCACAACCUGCAGUGACUGCAUACCCGAUGAAUUGUGGGAAUUCUUCUAUGCCCUCUGCUACAUCAAUUCCACCAUCAAUCCUAUGUGCUAUGCUCUGUGCAAUGCGUCCUUCCGGCGGACCUACAUCCGGAUCCUGACAUGCAAAUGGCAUACGAGAAACCGUGAAGCAAUGGUACGAGGUGUGUAUAACUGAUGGGAUUACUUAUAAGUAAGGGAAAGGGAUGUUAUUGUUGUUGUUUUGUUUAUGUUUAUUUAAAUUUUGUUUUUUAUCGAAGUCGAAGCCAUGUCGAUGUCGAGGUUUAUUUUUUAUUUUGAAUUCGAAAAGAUAUUCGUGUUUUGAGGGCAGCUUAACUUCUUCUUUUCAAUUUCAUUCAUCGCACAAGAACACGUCUCGCCUGCCUGCCCACCGACCUUGCUGUCAGAAAAAAAGGAAAGAUUUUUCUCAAUUUUCAAAGGACUAUGUUGGGCGCUUCAGGCGCUUCGUUCAACUCCGAAGGGAUAUUCGUAUUGGUGUAGUGUAGUCGUUCUUUGGCUUCGUUUUUUGGUCGGUCAGUCAAUUUCAGUUGUGAAUUGAUUUUAUGUAAUUUAUUUUCAUUCCCUACAACAAUUCCUAGCCGAAAUGGCAGCAAUUUAUUUAAAUUUCCGUUCAGGAUAUUCUAAAGGUUCUUCUUUGUUUUUUUUUUUUUUUGGUUCUCCUUAAUUUUUUUUCGUUUUCUUGUAAUAACAGGUUUUUUCUUUUAGCUUUUUUGGUUUGGACCGUUAAAGUAAUGGCCGUGUGAUUUGUUUUCUUCAUAAAAUGUUCACUUGUUAAGCACUAUUGCGGAAGUUAAACGAAAGUUAUCCUUUUGAAGUUGGUGUUGUUAUUUUUGCUCUUCUUUUCAUCAUCUAACUUUGGGGUUGUGAAAUAGUGUCUAUUAUUGAAGAUGAAAACAAUUGGCAGAUGUUUAAUCGGAUGAAAAAAAAAAACUGCUCUUCAAAAUAACACAACACAAAAGAAUUAAUUUUUCCUAUACGAAAGUCUGCUUGCUGAUAUGUCCUCAAAGCUCAAAUCAAAUUAAUAGAAACGGUCCUUUCAUUCAUUUACACAACAAUAGUUUGAUAGGGAAAUGUUUGUUUGUAUUUAUAGAUACUUUUUUGACAGUACAGUAACGUUCGUUUGAAUAUAAUGAAAUGUUGUGAAAUCGUUCUUUGUAAGUUCCCAAAGGUUUCCGGGUUUUAAAGCUAAGAAGUUGUAACCAAUCUCAAAAUGAGUUGCUCAAAAUGGCUCAUUUUCUAUCUAGACACAACGACUAGUUUUGCAUUAGAGACCAAAUGGGUUUGUUUUGUCUCAAUGGGUUAUAAGGACUUGGAUAGAAUGAACUCGAAAACGUCACAAUAGUAAUAAUUUUAAUCUCACGUUGGGCGCCACUUUUAUUUUAUAAAAGUUGAUUCAAGCAAUGCUUCAAGUGUCCAGAUUGCAUUGAACCAUUUUUCAAUUAAGCAAAUGCUCUCCCUUUAUUUACAAACUUUGGGAAUUAGAUCUCACGUUGGGCGCCAGUUAAACUAAUAAAAUGAAAC